UCCAUGUCAGGGUCACCCUGGGCCGCUCUCCACACCUCUCUGCGAGGCAGCCUCCUCCUUCUGUCCUUCCCUCCCUCCUUCCCUCCGCGGUGGGCCCGGCCCGAGGUCCAAGGCGGGUGCCCCGGGGCCCGUGCCUGGGUGGGCUCCCAGCACUUCUUGCCUCCCUCGGUGCUCCCACUUUCCUACUCCAUGGCGGCCUUGACUUUAACCCUUUCCCUUCUGCUCGGGACCGCUGAGCUUGAAUUUCUCAGGACAAUCAAGGGCCCCUGGAACACUGGGCAGUCCUGAGCUCUGGGAUGGAGCCUGAGUCGGCGCUGUGGGGCCCAGAUCUGCAGGGUCCUGAACAGAGCCCCAACGAUGCUCACAGAGGUGCCGAGAGUGGGAAUGAAGAGGAGAGCGCUCAGCAGGAAAGUUCUGGGGAGGAGAUCAUCUUGGGAGAUCCAGCUCCGAGUCCAGAAUUCAAGGACCCAUCAGAGAUGCCCCUGGAGAGACCCUCCCAGGAUCCCUCAGUCCCCCAGGACUCCCCAACCCCAAUGGGUCACCCCAAGCCCUUGGACCACCAGACCCCUCUGGAUCCCCCCGCCCCCGAGGUAGUCCCUACCCCGUCUGACUGGACCAAGGCCUGUGAGGCCAGCUGGCAGUGGGGGACUCUGACCCCGUGGAACAGCCCCCCGGUGGUGCCGGCCAACGAGCCCAGCCUGCGGGAGCUGGUGCAGGGCCGCCCUUCCGGGGCCGAGAAGCCCUACAUCUGCAACGAGUGCGGCAAGAGCUUCAGCCAGUGGUCCAAGCUGCUGCGGCACCAGCGCAUCCACACGGGCGAGCGGCCCAACACCUGCUCCGAGUGCGGCAAGAGCUUCACGCAGAGCUCGCACCUGGUGCAGCACCAGCGCACGCACACGGGCGAGAAGCCCUACAAGUGCCCCGACUGCGGCAAGUGCUUCAGCUGGAGCUCCAACCUGGUGCAGCACCAGCGCACGCACACGGGCGAGAAGCCCUACAAGUGCACCGAGUGCGAGAAGGCCUUCACGCAGAGCACCAACCUCAUCAAGCACCAGCGCUCGCACACGGGCGAGAAGCCCUACAAGUGUGGCGAGUGCCGGCGCGCCUUCUACCGCAGCUCGGACCUCAUCCAGCACCAGGCCACGCACACGGGCGAGAAGCCCUACAAGUGCGCCGAGUGCGGCAAGCGCUUCGGCCAGAACCACAACCUCCUCAAGCACCAGAAGAUCCACGCCGGCGAGAAGCCGUACCGCUGCACCGAGUGCGGCAAGAGCUUCAUCCAGAGCUCGGAGCUGACCCAGCACCAGCGCACGCACACCGGCGAGAAGCCCUACGAGUGCCUGGAGUGCGGCAAGAGCUUCGGCCACAGCUCCACCCUCAUCAAACACCAGCGGACUCACCUGCGCGAGGACCCCUUCAAGUGCCCGGUGUGCGGCAAGACGUUCACGCUGAGCGCCACGCUGCUGCGGCACCAGCGCACGCACACGGGCGAGCGGCCCUACAAGUGCCCCGAGUGCGGCAAGAGCUUCAGCGUCAGCUCCAACCUCAUCAACCACCAGCGCAUCCACCGCGGCGAGCGGCCCUACAUCUGCGCCGACUGCGGCAAGAGCUUCAUCAUGAGCUCCACCCUCAUCCGCCACCAGCGCAUCCACACGGGCGAGAAGCCCUACAAGUGCUCCGACUGCGGCAAGAGCUUCAUCCGCAGCUCCCACCUCAUCCAGCACCGGCGCACGCACACGGGCGAGAAGCCCUACAAGUGCCCCGAGUGCGGCAAGAGCUUCAGCCAGAGCUCCAACCUCAUCACCCACGUGCGCACCCACAUGGACGAGAACCUGUUCGUGUGCUCCGACUGCGGGAAGGCCUUCCUGGAGGCGCACGAGCUGGAGCAGCAUCGGGUGGUCCACGAAAGGGGCAAGACCCCAGCCCGCAGAGCUCAGGGCGACAGCCUGCUGGGGCUGGGCGACUCCGCCCUGCUGACGCCACCCCCGGGAGCCAAACCACACAAGUGUCUUGUCUGCGGAAAGGGCUUCAAUGACGAGGGCAUUUUCAUGCAGCAUCAGCGGAUCCAUAUCGGCGAAAACCCCUACAAAAACGCAGACGGCCUCAUCGCUCACCCGGCCCCCAAGGCGCCUCAGUUCCGACCCCCCAGGCUCCCUUUCGGAGGCAAUUCGUACCCAGGGGCUGCGGAGGGCAGAGCUGAACCCCCGGGACAGCCCUUUAAAAUGCCCGAGGGGCAGGAGAGCUUCAGCCAAAGGCUGGGCCUGCUCUCUUCCAAGUCCUACAUUUGUUCCCACUGUGGAGAAAGUUUUCUGGAUCGCGCUGUGCUCCUCCAACAUCAGCUCACCCACGGCAACGAAAAGCCCUUUCUCUUCCCUGACUAUAGGAUUGGUCUAGGGGAAGGUGCUGGGCCCAGUCCCUUCCUAAGUGGGAAGCCCUUUAAAUGCCCUGAAUGCAAAAAAAGCUUUGGCCUCAGCUCUGAGCUGCUGCUGCACCAGAAAGUCCAUGCAGCUGGGAAACCCCAGAAGAGUCCGGAGCUGGGCAAGAGCUCCUCGGUCCUCCUGGAGCACCUCAGGAGCCCCCUGGGGGCCAGGCCCUACAGCUGCUCAGAUUGUGGGGCCUCCUUUCUCGAUCACCUGGCACUCGCCCGGCACCAGGAGACCCACACCCAAGAAAAGUCCCCCACCCCUGAGGAACCCCCUGCAGAGCCAGCCACCCUGUCCACAAGCCAGGAAGGGGAGGGAGAGGCCCCCACCCCCACGGGGGGCAGCAGCCAUGGGGACGGGGAGAACCCCAAGACCCUCUUGGAAGAAAAGCCCUAUUUGUGCCCUGAGUGUGGAGACGGCUUCACGGAAGUCGCAGCCCUCCUCCUCCAUAGGAGCUGCCACCCAGGGGUCACCUUGUGAAAUGGGUCUGGAGACCAGGGGCCUCUCUCGCCUGAGAGGAACACUGGAGCUCCCCAAAAAUCAUGUGGGGAAAGGAGGAGAACCCUAUCAGGUUGUAGAGAAGCGGAGGAUAAAGAACCCUGGGUAAAAAUAGUGCUUUUACAUCAGUGAUGAGAAACCCUAUAAAAUUGUUGGUGGGAACCACUUAAUAAGGCAGUAGAGAAAAACUGUUGGGUUAGAAACCCUAUAAAUAUGUAGGAAAAAAAAAAAAAGUCCUUUAAGUCUGUAGCAGAAAAACCCUAUAAACCAUAGUGGAUAAAAGCCCUAUUGUAGGAAGAGGUCCCAAUACGUCUCUAGACAACCCUAUAAAACUGUAUCAAAAUCCUUGUGAAACUAUAGGGUCGGGGAAGUGCAGGGAAUCCAAUGGCAUUGACUCGAGAGGAGUGACCCUCAGAAGGUGUAGAAGAGCCUUCCAUGAACUUGUUCCGCAGUGUUCUCUCCCCCUGGAGUUCAGAGGGAGCCUCUCUCCCAGAAGCCUUGGACAAUGACACUGAGGAAAAUGCUCAGCUGGGGACUAGUGUGGGGAGAGGUGAAAAGUAAGUGAUGAGGAGCCCCCAGGCCCACAGAGAACAAACGACCCAGGGAACUAGGAAGAGAAAGUUCAGCUUGCUGCCCUGGGGGUUCCUUGGGGGAUGAGGCCGAUCUUAGGUGAUUGCAUGUUAGAGGAAGAGGCCCAUGGGAUUCCUCAGGAGGAAGAACCCAAAAAUGGGGAAGGAAAAAGAAAAAGCGAGGUCGAGCCUUUUUAAAGGCUGAAGUUUGGGGUGCAUAGAAACUUCUAAAGAAUACUGGGGAACCAUCACAAAAAAUUAGGGGGCAGGGAGGGAUUUCUGUUAGAGUGCUUUGAGGAAAGCAAACCAAGGUGAAGCCGUGUCCAGAUGGAACCCAGCAAACUCGGGGCUGCCCAGUCCUCCCCGUUUCCGGGAGCUUGUUAAGCUGCAAGUGCAAGCAGAUCCCGGCUCAGGCCGUCAGGGCUCCCCCCAGCCAGGCAGGACAGGGGACUUCUACUCUGAGAGGCCUCCAGGGCUGCAGGGUCCCUCCUGCCCAUUCUCAGGUCUCACUGUCAGGAGGUGUCUCCUGCAAUCUAACUGCCACCAGUCUUGCUGCCGUGGCAGCUCACCUCCUCGAAUUCUGUCCUCAGUGGAGAGGGGUAACCGCUGCUAGUCGACCUCCAAAGAAUAAAGCCCUUCAGAGACUCAAGGCCUGUGUGUGGUUAAAUCCUCCCUAGACUUCUCUUCUCCAAGUCAACGAGAGCCACGUGUGGGUUCUCUGUGGCAACGAGGGACAGCAAGUCAACAGAAUAGAGCGCUCUGAUUAGCCAGCAACCCGCUUUUCAACCUCACUCUUUCAUCUGAGCUGUUAGCCAGGCUGCUGGCGGGCUGAGCCAGCCGGCACGUAGUGGGGGGCGUCCAGACACCCCACAGACUGGGCCAUGGGUCCCUGAAGAGCAUCUGGAGGCCUGGCCACCUUCCUCACCCUGGUACUUGGAGUGCUCCGAGGUGGUGAUGACCCAGCCCGAUCAUGGCCUUGGGAGGGGACAGAUCCCACCCACUUGGCUCCUCUCCUCCUUAGCCAGAAACCUUCAGAGAGCAAUGGAAAGAUGAGAAACCCAUUCCCCUGCCAGGCCCAUCUCCUGUCCUCACACACCACAUGGUAACACUCUUUCAUUAACCCAGCCAAACCUGCUAACAUGACUGGGUGUGUGUGGCAGGGGGGAGAGAGACUGCUGCCCUAGGAAAUGGUUGAGUGGAAACUCUCACAACAUCUGUAACAAGAACCCCACCCCCUAACCCGGGAGACGCUUAAAGAAGGAGAGGACUCCGUCCAGUGCUGGGUCCAAAGGAAGUGCCCAUGGACCCCACGCACCGGUUGUACACCGUGGUCCUCGAGUCUGAGAACUGAGAUGCCGGGUGAAGGGGCCCUUCAGGAGUCGCACCCCUGGAGAGGGCGACCCAGAUUCCUCAGAGCUGCGGAAGAGACCUCUAAUUCCAUGAUUUGAAAGCUGAAAGCCCUUCACCUUUCAUCUCUCCUGCCCCCAAAGGGAUGACCUUAAAUUCAAAGGAUCAAAAUCUAGAACACUGUAGGAGGAAAAGCCCAGGCCUGCUGGGGAGAAGGAAAAGGCAGGCCUUGGCUAAUUGUGGGGAGACCCUCGUCAUCAUCUGCAUAAAAGCCCCAGCCCACCCAAGUGCCCGGUCAGAAAGCACUACUGAGAGGGGAGAAGGAGCCUGCCUGCCGGAUCUCUACUGACAGAAGCAUCAACAGAGGGAGUGUCCCUAGGAGACUGAGGAAGAGGAGACAAUCCUCCACGUCAAAGCAGAUUUUUUCUAAGAUGGUAGUAGAAAGAAACCAGUUGUAGAGACAAACCCCUUGUAAAGCUAGAAACAGUUCCCCUCGGAAACGGGUCGGAGGAAUCUGUCUUCAGAAAAGUCCCAGAGAGCAGCCUUUGGGGCUCCGGGGCCAGUCCAGGGCGGGGGGGAGGUGGUCAGUGUGGUCAAAGGCCAGCCGUCGGCCUAUUGAGGACUAGGGUGUAGCAUAUGUAGUAGGAUGCUCGCAUGUGUAGGGAUGGGUGAGGGCCAGCAGUCUUGGCUCCGGUACUGAAUGGAUGAUGUGGACAUGCUUAGUUGGGGUCUGGGGUUUCGUAGCAGGAAAGGGGCAGAAUCGGAGACCUUUGGGGCGUGACCUGUUCUCUUGCCCACCUCCCCAAACUUCUUUACCCAGGUGCUUCCCUCCCAGAGCGAGCUACCUCUUGGGAGGUACUAAGCAGGGAUCUGGCUUGGGGAGGUGGCAGUGUCCAGAGUCCCUCUGACCAGGUUAGGCAAAGGCCCAGGGGAUGGUCAUGGCACGUGCCCACCAGAACUUAGUCCAGAAGGCACAGUGUAGCCAAACCCUCUCGUCCAGCUCCACGCAGGCCUGACUUCAGAAGUGCCCUGGUGGAGGAGCUCAACAGACCGGUCACAGGGUCAUCAGUGAAAGCAGAGGGGAGAGUAGACACUGAUCUGAGCUUAGGGUGCAGCUUGAAACCUCUAUGGCUCUGGAGGUCACAUGGGAACUCGACAGAGCUGGGCAUGAAUCCUGAAUGGUGGGGAAACUUGAAACCAUCACAACCAAGAGGUGGGAUUCCAUGACACCUGCUCCUGAGGUGAGCAGCCCCCAGACCCCUUUGCCCCCAUUAGGGAAGCCCCACUCAACCUGACUUGUCCCCGUGGAGUGAAGAGAGGCCCCACUUUUGAGUGUUGUGUGUCAAUAACAGUGUUGUGUCACUGGUGGUCAUGUUGAUUAGUUGAAGAGAAUAAAGGGAAUAAGAUUUCCCAGAUGUUUUCUGUUUUCUCUUUCAAGCCUGGAGCAAGCUGAAGGAGCUUGUCCUCUCCCAGAGCCAGGGUCUGUGUGUCACCUCCAAAGCUCAGCCGGGCCCAGGCUCCCCUUGUACUCUUCGCUCAGAUGCCCUCAAAUCCCCGACCAGUGCUUGCGGGUAGGAGCCCGAGGGUUUAUGGAUUGUUAAAAUCCACGUCCUUCAGAGAAAGGGGGAGAAACGUGCUGAGAUGGUGGCAGAGCCAGGGUCUUAACUGGUGCCUGGCUUUUGCCACCAGCAUGACCUGCUGACUCCUGGGUGGCUGCCCGGUGAUUCUGGCGCUGGCUGGCUCCGGUCCAGCCGUGCGGGCCUAAGGAGGCCUCUCUGACCACCCCACAACUGCACUCUCCCCAGGCUGCCACAAGGGAAAGCUCCGAAGAUCUAGUUCCAAAAGCUGGUGGCACCUCCCCUGGUUCAUCUGGGGCCCAGUCAGCCCACCGCUGGACCAGAGCCUCCUAGACCCUGAGGAAGCAUGGGUGGAGAUCUCACCGCAGGAGGCAGCCCAUAAGCCUUCACUGUGUGGAGAGGCUCGGAGAAGGGCAGCCACUUGCACAAGAUCCACAGGAAGGCAGUGAGGGGAACCAGAACGGCCGGGAGCAGGCUCUGCACCCAGCCAAACCUCUCCUCCCCCAGCACUGGGCCUGCCUGGGCCUGCCCUGGGCUCCACACUGUCUGGCCAGGCAGGGCUGCUCUUGCUGAAUCCUCAGUGCCAGGCUUGCCUCAGUGCCAUCUCCUGGGCCUAGGCCUGGCCAUGGCCCCCUGAACAGCCACUUGAGAUCCACACUUGCUCUAACCUGUAGCCUGCCUCUGUCCCGGCCAGGAAGCUUUCUCUCCCCUCUCUCUGUGCCUCCCUGGCCUAGACUCCCAGAGCAGGCUCGCUGUCUCUCCCUCCCCUUCCCCAUCUGGAAAGCAGGGAGUGGGGUGGUGGGUAAGGGAGAAGGGACUUGCCUUUCCCGGGGAGGUGAGCAGCGAAGGCUAUCCUGCCUUCUGUGUCCGCUGUCCUGGUCCCAGUGCAGGAGUCUUCAGUGAAGUGAGGGGACUUCAGGGAAAGAACAGGCACUGGAGCACAGUGAUUGGUUCAGGGACUUAGCAGAAAAGGCUGUGGACCCAGAUGUGGUCCCUGCCACAGCAGAGGGUCAGGAAACUGGCCGGAGGAAGUGACCUGAGGCAGAGGGCAGGAGCCAGGAAUGGGGUGGGGGAUACAAAGUACAUAACAUUACACGGGGUGGGCAGCAGAGCACUGAGUAGAGACUGAGGUCAGGUAAAGAACAGAAGCCGAAGUGUGGGGCAUCUUGUCUGAGGAACCUGGGGGUAGAGCACCACCGGGAGGAGAGUGACAACCUUGCGCACCGCCCCCCCCCACCCCAUGGUAGUGUUUUUGUAGGUCUGGAACUCAGGAAGGAGAACUGGACUAGAGAAUUGGAUCUUAGCAGCUUAGCUGUAGCCAAAGCCAUGGAUAAGGACACAGGGAGAGUAGUGGAGAAGAAAGGAGAGGGUGUAGCUUAGGAUUGGAGGAACAAGGCCAGCAGAAGACAGUAUGAGAACAAUCAGGAGAGUGUAGCACCACAGUCCAAGGAAGUUUUAAAGAGAGUGGUCAAUGUCAAAUGCUCCACUGGACUCUGUGGCCAACCACACAGUAGCCCUAGUUCUGGCUAAAACAGGCACCUUCACCAUGACGCCAACAUCUGCACACCCCCAAGGCCAGCUAAGGUCAGGGCUGGUCCAGGAGGAACUUUGGCCUGCCCAUCCUAGGGGCCCAGGGUAUCACAGCCACUGAGGCCACUUGGGGCUACUGGGGGUUGUCAGGGGUCAAACUUCCUGAGUGAAGGGACCUGACCAGCCCCUAAGGCACAGCCUCCCAGAAAUUCUGGCAUCUGUAUCCCCUGCCCUUGAGCUUGAGAAAGUGGUUUGAUUGCCUUCUAGACAGGAGUUUUUACUUCUCUUGGCUACGGAGACUGGCCAAACAGAGACAUCUAGGGAGGCGAUGUGUAGUUACUAAUAUUUACUGAAAGAGCCUGUGUGAAGAAGACUGCUGAGAAAGAGGACAGUGCUCACUGAAGAUUGGCUGACCCUGACUGCUCCGGGCGCGGCCCUCCUCUCAGAGCCUGCUCGCGUCUCUAUGAUGCAAUAUGCUGCGUUUUUCCCAGCCUUGGGUGGCAGACUCUUCCUCCACGGCCCGAUGCCAUCGCCCGCCGCGGCCCGAGUCUCGGUGAGCGUGCCCGCCGUGGCCAGCCCAGCGCCGGAAGUCACCGUGGCCCGCGUCUCCGUCUCCACUCCGACCUGGUCCAGCCGCUGCAACCCCGCCGAAACCCUGGACGCCAGGUGGGGCCCGAAGGAGGACAAGGCCGCGAGCCCCCGCGAAGGAGCAACCGUCGAAAAGGCCGCGGGGCCCCGCGAAGGCGCGACUGCUGCCAAACCUGCGGCCGCCACAACCAUGCGUCCGACUCCGGCCCCUAGCCCGGUCAGUACCGGCCCCGGCGCGAGCCCCGUCACCGCUGCAGCGAAGGCUCCGCCCGCGGACCCAAUAGCAAAUUGAACCCACAGACACCACUCGACACGCGGUUCCCGAGAACACAGUUGCAAUGAAAGAA